AAUCAAAGCAACGGUAACAAGAGUUAUUUACAGGUGAUAUCACCGGAUCCAAAUUUACGGAUUGAUGAAGUUGGUGUACCAGUCCAAGUGGCACUCACAUUGACUUAUCCUGAAAUUGUUAAUGAGCACAACAUCGAACACAUGAAAAAGCUCAUACUUUCGGGACCUAACACUCAUCCUGGUGCGAACUACAUCAUCGAUCGUCUUUCGGGAACAAAACGACUACUCAAAUACGGUGACCGUGAAAGUUGUGCUAAAAACCUGAGAGUUGGUGAUAUAGUGGAACGUCACCUUGAUAAUGGUGAUUUUGUGCUGUUCAAUCGUCAACCGUCUCUCCACAAAGUCUCCAUAAUGUGUCAUCGGGUGAGAGUCAUGCCCGGAAGAACAUUCAGGUGA